ACUCUGGAGGAGGGGAGAGUUGGGUGGAAUUGGCUGGUGACACAGUGGCCUGGGGCUGUGGUGUGGGGAAGCCUGUGGUGGAGCACUUUAAGGCCUCACAGACAGCCUCUGGUUUCUCUUGGCCUUUUCUGUGGAGUAGCUUUUGGUCGGCACUAAUAGCACUUGAAGCUGGAAGCUUGUUGUAAAAAGCACACCUCUGCCCCUGCCACGGUGUGCGUGUGCCAUGGUGCAGGAGAGGGAGGGCCCAGAGUGCAAAGUCAUGUGUUUGAUGUUUUGCCCAAGCCUUGAAAGUGCUGAGGUCACUUCUGUAAUUACAGUUCUUACGUCCCGCCUCGGGGUGGGGGGGGGGGCACGACUCAUUGAGAUAAGGAUCCUGUGAGAUGGUGUUGGGAAGGGCAUGUUGGGCUGGGGGACAGGGAGGUGGGUUUCACCGGCACCUUCCCUCUGCAAUGCCUCUGUCCAUAAAGCAGAUGAAUGUCUGCUCAGAAACCUCCCCAGCUGAGGUCAGUCGAGCGAGCUUGUUCUCUGGUAGCCCAGCCUGUGUUUCUCAGUGUUACAGGAGUGGGAAAGGGAUAAGUUUUGGCAGGAUGUGUGAGUGCUUGAGCCUGCUCGGAUUCCUUUGGAAACGGAUGGAUAGAUAGCAAGCAACAUCCUCGCCUGUUAGACUGAUGGCUUGGUCCUCACAGGAGCCAGCUUGGCACUGUGUAGAGCUGGUAUGUUUCUCUGUGAUUGAGGUGGCACCCUUGGGCCAGGUGCUACUCAUACAAACCUGCAGCUGCUGCUCCUGGAGAAGCUGGGGGUGGGGGUGGGGCACUUGAGCAGAUGGGAAACCAGCUUGGCUGGUGAAGCAUGAUCCUGAGGCAAAGGGAUAUGCAGUGGGAGGAAGCACAUGCUCUGGACACUAGGAGCUGGCUGUUAACUUCUGGCUGUCAGUGAGGAGAUGCUGUGUUAAAGAGAAGUCAGAGCCACAAUGGAGAAUCAGGUGUCCAGCUCAGCAGAGCCAUGAAAUGCUCCUUGAAAUUGAUCUGGGGAGUUGGAGAACCAAGGGGGUUUGAGCCUCGGGGUAUUCCUGGAGGUCCAGUCUGUUUCUUUUUGAGAUCACGGUCCAGGGCUCCAUGGAAAUGGUGUUUGGCUAUAUUGUGUUUCACAUUUGUCUGUUUGCUUAGGGGAGGGGACCCGUGCAUGUGGCCAGGCCUGUGUGAUGGUCAAGGGGAAAGCCUGUAGGGAUUGUUCUCGAUAACCGUUUUAAUGAUUAUUCUUAGUUUGUGUGCAUGGGUGUCUUGCCUGCGUUUAUGUCUGUGUGAGGGCGUCAGAUCCCUUGGAGCUGGAGGUCAGACAGUUGCGAGCUGCCCUGUGUGUGCACUGGAAGUUGAACCCAGGUCUUCUGGGAGAGCAGCCAGUGCUCUUAACUGCUGAACUGACUCUCCAGCCCCCUAUUUCUCUGUUUUAACCAUAUGGGUUCUGAGAGUCAAACUCAGGUCGUUGGGCUUCGAAGCUUGCAUCUUUACUUCCCAAACCAUGGCACCAGGUUUUGGUCACAAGAAUGGGUAACCUGAAAGCUGAGCUUCCGUAAGAGGCUGACAGGGGCUCUUGAGUGUGUGGACCUACCCCUGGGCUGUAGAGGUGCAGGCUUUGAGGCAUGGCUGCUGGGAGCCUGCUAAUCACCCCUCCCAUUAAGAACAGACUUCUGGAGGUGUAUGAGCUCUGCAGGGACGGGGUGACAUAAGCAAGUUGGCCCUGAGAAGCCACACUGGAGUCCUCAGCCCCUAGGCUAGCAGAUCAUAGAGGGUUUCCUGCGCUUGGUACAUACUGGAAAGCAGGCUUUGUGGGCUCUGUGCUUUGUGAAAACAACCAGGUUAGACCCGUAACAUCCCAAAGGCUGUUUGAGGAUAUGCGUGCUGGGAUUUCCGUGGGGGUCUUCACCCACAGAAAGUUUUCUUAAUGAAAAAUAAUGAGAGGCUUCCCAGCUUUGUUCUGAAAUGCUGACUGCAAGGACGGUGUGGGCCAGCCCCCUAAGCCGGUGCCUGGACCUCUGCCCACGGCUGUCUGACGAAUGGGAUCAGGCUUUGGCUGCAGAGUGGAUGAUAAGCUACUGCAAGCUAGACCGGCAGUGGGGAUCCCUUGGGAACGGAGGGUGGAGGCUGAAGCCAGAGAAGGGUUUGCAAGCAGGGCUUCUCAAAGCUGAUUGGCGGUGUGUCUCCAGGGAACAUGAGAAGGAGGUUCAGAACCGGAAGAGAGGCAAGAGACCCAGGGGCAGGCCGAGGAAACACACAGUCACAUCCUCCUGCAGCCGGCGCUCCAAGCUCAAGGCCUCCACAGCAACAGGCAACCGAGAGCCAUGUUCUUGCUACCCUGGGGCCUCCUCAGGUGCUGCUUCUCCCAGCACAAGCCCAUUCUGCGCUCUGUCCUCCCGGAUAGCAGCUGCAGCCUUGUUAGACCAUGCACAGCUCCCUCUCGCCUUGGAGACACUCCAUCAGGGAAGCCAGCGUGCAGAACCAGAUGCGCCAUCCAAAUCCAAAUCCAGCAGUUCGUCCUCUUCCUCCACAUCUUCCUCCUCUUCCUCGGACGAAGAGGAAGACGACAGCGACCUAGACUCCAAGAGAGGCCCCCGGGGCCGUGAAACCCAUCCAGUGCCUCAGAAAAAAGCCCAGAUCCUGGUAGCCAAGCCAGAGCUGAAGGAUCCCAUUAGAAAGAAACGGGGACGCAAGCCUCUACCCCCAGAACAGAAGGCAGCUCGGAGACCCGUCAGCCUGGCCAAGGUGCUAAAGACCACCAGGAAGGAUCUGGGGACCUCAGCCGCCAAGCUGCCCCCUCCACUCAGCGCUCCGGUGGCAGGCCUGGCUGCCCUGAAGGCCCACACCAAAGAGGCCUGUGGUGGCCCCAGCACUAUGGCGACCCCAGAGAACCUGGCCAGUCUGAUGAAAGGCAUGGCCGGGAGCCCCAGCAGAGGCGGCAUCUGGCAGAGCUCCAUCGUACACUACAUGAACCGCAUGAGCCAGAGUCAGGUUCAGGCUGCCAGCCGACUGGCACUCAAGGCCCAGGCCACCAACAAGUGCGGUCUCGGGCUAGACCUGAAAGUGAGGACGCAGAAGGGGGGUGAGCUAGGGGGGAGCCCCGCAGGAGGCAAGGUCCCGAAGGCCCCCGGUGGCGGAGCUGCAGAGCAGCAGAGAGGGAACCAUUCGGGGAGCCCAGGUGCUCAGCUGGCACCCACUCAGGAGUUGAGCCUUCAGGUCCUUGACUUGCAAAGCGUCAAGAACGGUGUGCCUGGUGUGGGCCUGCUUGCUCGCCAUGCCCCAGCCAAGGCUAUUCCUGCUACCAACCCAGCCACAGGGAAAGGUCCUGGGAGCGGCCCCACAGGAGCAAACAUGACCAACGCUCCCACAGACAACAACAAAGGGGAAAAGCUGACUUGCAAGGCAACGGCUCUGCCUGCCCCUUCCGUCAAGCGGGACACCGUUAAAAGCGUCGCUGCCUCCGGCGGGCAGGAGGGCCACACAGCCCCGGGAGAAGGCCGAAAGCCACCUGCGCUGUCUGAGCUGAGCACGGGAGAGGAGAAUAGUAGCUCUGACUCGGACCCUGACUCGACCUCGCUUCCCAGUGCUGCGCAGAACCUAUCUGUAGCUAUCCAGACCAGCCAGGACUGGAAACCUACCCGCAGUCUCAUCGAACACGUCUUUGUCACGGAUGUCACAGCCAACCUCAUCACUGUCACCGUGAAGGAGUCGCCCACCAGCGUGGGCUUCUUCAACUUGAGGCAUUAUUGAGACCAUUGCCCGAGCCAGACCUGCCUUCCAGUCUCUGGUUUUGCUUUGAUGCCUGACCUGGGGGCCAACUCUGCCCUGUCCUGAGACUCAGGGCUGGGAAAUGGCUUCCUGCUGAUUCUACCUCUCUGGGCCUCCACUUCAGUCUGUCCUGUCAUCUCAGGAAAGCCGGGUGGCCACUGACUUAAAAGCUACCUGCUUGGACAUAGCAUCCUUUCUACACAUCCCUCCUUAACCUAGUGAGACCCUCCCCUCCCUGGCCAACUACUGUGAGGUGGAUUGGGGAGGGGGGGGCACUGAUACAGCUCCCUCCCCAGGCCGUUGAGGAGAGGGGUGGGGCUGGUAGGGCCUUCUCCCACAUCCAGCCACGGCAGGGUCUUUCUGGUGAGGGAGACACUCUAUGCUUUGCAAGUAAGGCUAUAACUUCAGUUUUAAAAGGCUAAUUAGUUGUGUGGUUGGGCUCAGGGACCCUGCGGAAAUCUUCAGUCUCUAUCCGUGGUGUGGUGUCCCCUCUAGUUGCAAUUGUAGUCCCAAAGCCCAGUCAGGGUUUGGAGUCCUGGCACUAAGGUGUACCUGGGUGCUUCUGGACUUGGGAAUAGAGAGAGCCAUGUCCUUAUUGCCUCCUUCAAGCAGGCUCAAGCCCCAGUGAGAAGUGACCCUGUUCCUCUCUGGGUCUGGACCCAUACCCCUGCUUUGGCCCACUAAAUUGCACCCUAGUUCUGAGGUCUGACACUCCUGGGCUUGGGGAAGGAGCAGGCUAGACACCCAGAGCAAGCUGAUGUAGGCACUUGGAGUCCUGGGCAAGCAAUCUUCCUUCAUGUUGGACUUUUAUUACUAGGACCCCAUAAGUCACCAUGGUGGCACCAGUGUGGGAAUGCAGGUGUUUUGUGGGGGCCUGUCACCCUGCUGCCUGUCUAGACAUCUCUAAACUACUGUGGAAGCAUUUUCUAUAGUCAGUCUUGGUGCAGAGCUCCGCCUGGUGAGUGGGCCACUCUUGGGUCCCAUAUUCCCUGACAAUCCUCUCCCACAUUUGGGAGCUUGUGUUUCCUCCCUCGCUGAGAAGCAAUAGCCCUAUGCCAUUUGUGUGGUGGGGUCGUUUAGGAGCCCACCUGGCAGGGGGCCCCUAAUUUCUUUCCCAUCCUAGGAGAUAAGUCUAGUGCUGAGCCCCUUUCUAAAUGCCUUCUCCCCUGUCCCCCAUCCCGGGUAACUGUCUUGAAACUACCUUGUCAGAUUGCUGGCCGAUGACAGGAUUUUCUGUCCUGGGAUAUCACGGUGGGCCGUGACAAUCUGGUCAGUGAGUCUGUGAUGCCAAAAAGUAGGGGUGCUAUGAAACCCUGGUUCUGCUUCUGCCAUUGACUGAUCAGCCAGCAGGUGUGGGCUCUUCACUCCAGUUGCCUUGAAGGGAAAUGUUUCCCCUUCUAAAACCAGUCAGACAGUGGGCUGAGGUGUCUGGGACCUGCCACACUUUCAAAGUGCACCCCACCCCCACCCCAGUAGCUCACCCUGCACACCAAAUAAGAUGGUCUUUGUGUAACCAAACCAACCUCAAUGCUGUGCCUUUUGGGGCAGACCCAUAUCCACAGCUCCUGAGAGAUGCCUGUGAUGUGCCAGGGGACCAUGUUACUGGCAGCAGGAGCUACGUACUGGGAAGAAUUCAGGGCCAGGAAGUGGGUAACAAAGGGGAAAGGGUUGCCUACUGCAUUAUCAAUGUCCCUCCCUGCCCUCAGCCAGGGUCUGCAACCUUUGUACCAGACACUGCCUUUACAAACACCUCCCCGUCUCUUUGGGGUCCCAUGAGCUGUUGGAGAAGUGACCCUGUUUGGGGAUCUGGGUUGACUGGCCUUUGUCCCCUGCUGCCAGUCUCCAAAUCCCAAUUUGGUGCCUUUUAUUUUACUGGUUACGUCAGUCCCAAAGUUGAAAUCUACAAAUCCUUUCCUCUCAGCCACUUUGCCUUCUUGUGUGUUUUUCCUGGUGCUGUGACCCCAGUGGUCUAUGUCACAAAGCACAUGUGUGUAGUGCGCCAGCGCGAGCCCCACUGGAGCAGCGCCAUUCGCUCUGAGUCAAGUUCUCGUGUUUACCGAUAAAUAAAGUAGUUGGUUUUUAUGUU